AUGACGUUGUAUGCCGGUGCCCCUGCUGCCCGCAGAAAGGGAAAGCGCUCUGCCAAAGCGCCUACCCUAGAGGAGACGCCGCCAAAGAAACAACGUUCUGCCGAGAGCCUCGGCCAGGCUACUGAUGUUCUGCAGCAACCCUUGGACUUGCCCACUGGUUUUGAACCGAAAGUGGUCAUAGUCCUCCCACCCGAGCAUGACAACCAGCAACAGCUGGAAGUGCGAGUGAUUAACGCGGCCGAACCGUCUUUGGAGCCAGAAAAGGCGUUUCAGAACCCCUUUGAUGGGUCGGGGACACACCUCGGAAAACUCGCCCCAGAUUUCCUGGGAUUCAAAGCGAGUGGUGAGGAGGGUGCUCUAGCGGUGAGUGGCGAAGGCCGUGCCACUAGCAACCGCCCUUUGGUGGCUGCACAGUGCACAGGCUGUAGCCACGUCUUUUGGGGGCAGAAGAUCCGCAAGAUACGCAAGCGGCAUCGAUGUUCUCCAGCUCGGAUCGACCCAGCCAAGCUAGCAGAAGUGCCACGGAUUGGCCCAGAACCAAAAACGCAAGGUAUUCCCCUUGCCUUGGAGGGAGAAAAGGCUACCCCAAAAGCAGCUCCGCAAGCCGAAGCUGGGCCAGAGGAGGUUCUUGAGGACAGCUCCCAGCAACACCCACCCGAUGGGGCCGCUGGACAAGGAGCAAUCCCCACCCCUCCAGCCGACCACCCGUCACAACCUUCUGACGCUGGGCCCGACGUGGACAUGGGGACCCUGCUUGUCAACGAGCGGAACGACAGCCAGCCGCACAGCGAGCCCCUCCCAGAUACCCAAGAUCGGGAGGCCUUCGACCGCCUCUAUAACAUGAUGGUUACUCUCACCGAGAAGGUUCAGACUAUGUCUGACCAGAUCGAGGAGAUGCGCCGGUCUAGUUCAGGCGGCGAGAGGGAGGUGGCUAAGCCAGCCUCGGGGAAGGCAGGAGCUUCUCCUAACAAUCCUGUGGCUAGCAAGGCCUCCUCGGCUGCGCAACGUCCGUCCCCUGCCCCCACAGGAGGAUCAGACGUGGGUCAAAAGACCAAGGGCAAGAAGCCGAGACAGAAGAAGAAGAAGAAGAGGCCCAAGUCACAGGCCUCUUCGACACCGGCCGCUCCGACCGGCUCUUCGACUCCCUCGGCUGCGAAAACAUCUGCUACGCCGCCCGCUCCUGCUGCGAACCCAAAGUCACCUGGCACAGUACCCUCCCAGGCGCCCUCGCACACUCCAAAGUCGACCUCCACCGCCAAGAAGCAGAAGGCGGGAGGCAACAAGAAGCCGGACCAUCGUCCAAAGGGUCGGGAGGCGUGGGGCGAGCUCGGACUCCGCGAUAAAUCUCAGGCAGUGACGCGGAAGACGGGGACAGCCAAGCCGCAGCUUUUUGCCGAGUCGAGCUCAGAGGAUGCCUCGGCGUCAAACAAGGCUUCCAAAGACUCUACCGCAGCGCCCACGAAGUCUGACUCUAGCGCUAUCAGCCACGGCGGCCAAGCAAGGCGCCCCAAAGGUCACCGGUGCACUUUUUGCUCCAGACUUUUUCGAAGCCAAGGAGCAGUCAGAAAGCAUGCCGGCCGAAAGAACGGGUGCGUGGCACGGGACGCGCAACGGGAGGAGCAGCUCCGAGAUAGAAAGCGGGCGGCCACCCCUCCUCCGGAGGGUUCCACUGCGGAAGCGGAGAGGGCGGACCAUUGGGCGGACUACUGGGCUAACUUCGAGGCACAAGACUGGUCACCUAUUAUAGGGGAGGAGGCAGCCAUGCUGCCAACACUCCGCAAGGUGCCAUUCAAAUGCCGCGGGCUGGCUGCUGCUUGUCUCCGUCCAAUCCUCGAGAAGCUCCGGCAAGAUAAAGACCACAAGACGGCAGGGACUCUGCUGGGGAUCUUCCCGCAGCUGUGUCUGUCAUCGGCCGCGCUCACGAACGACUCUCCCCACUGGAAGCAGGUGCGGGAGCUGCUUGUCUGGUGGAGUCGGGGCGACUGGGCUAAGUUAAACCUCCGAGCUUUGGCGGCUAUCAACAAGAUGAAAAGCCGAAUACGGGAGAACAAAGCUCGGGUGGACGACAAUUACGGCUCUGCGGAGACACUGGCUCGAUCACGGCGCUGCAUUAAGUUCGGAGAGCAGGCUGAACUCUCCCGAGCGUCGGAGGCGCUGAUUGCUGCAGCCCUGGCCCCUACAACGGAUGAGACUCGAAAGAGUCUUGAGGAGAAGCACCCCUGCCCCACAGUGCCUUUCACGGCAGACGACGGCAGCUGCACCCUCCCCCACCCGGAGAAACCUACAAAAUGGGUCCUGAAGCUGGAUGUUCUUGCGCGGGCCCUUCGCGAGAGCCCACGCGGCUCUGCAGGUGGACCCACCGGCUGGCGCAUGGACUUCCUACGAGAACUUUUCACACAUCCGGGCGAUCUCAAGCUCCUGUGUGCAUGGCUUCAGGCGGUAGCAAGAGGAGAGGUGGGGCAAGGGGUGGCACAGUGGUGGACAGCGAGCUCACUAGUGGCCUUGGAGAAGCCGGGUGGUGGAGUACGCCCGAUCGCAGUGGGGGAGGUCUUUCCCCGUCUCCUGGCGCGGUGCUUCGCUGCGGACUACCAUGAUGCGAUCAUCCGACAUUUGAAGCCGAAGGGUCAGUUCGGGGCUGGUGCAAGGAACGGCGCGGAAACGGUCAUCCACGGAGUGCGGGCAGCUUUGAAGGCCAAUCCUACAUGGGGUGUCCUUCAGAUCGACGUUAAGAAUGCAUUCAAUUCGGUCUGCCGCCAGGCACUCUUCAAGGAGCUUGUUGAAGGCCCCUUUGUGGCAAUGACUCCAUUCCUGCGCACCCUCUAUGGGGGUCCUUCCCCACUCCUGUAUAGAGCUGACGCGACCCGUCACACUCUUUGGUCGCGAACAGGAGUGAGGCAAGGGGACCCCCUGGGCCCAUUCCUCUACGCACUCGCGCAACAACCGGCCCUGGAAGCGGUGAAGGCAGCACAUCGAGACAUUUUCCUGUGCAGCUAUGCUGACGACACCUACCUGUUGGGAGAGUUGGAUGCGAUUGGCGCGGCGUUUCCGACCCUGUGCGAGAAGCUGCGCGAGAUUGACCUGGAGGUCUCACAGAAGAAAUGCCAGUGGUAUGCGCCGAGUGGCAAUCGGCCAUCUGCUGACAACCCUCUCUGCGAGAUGACCGAGGCUAAGGAGGGCCUCGUGGUGGUGGGUUCCCCGGUCGGCAGCAAGUCUUUCGCGGAGGCAGCGGUCAUGGCCAAACUGGAGCCGGGACACACGAUUCUGAGCAGAUUGCCGAGGAUAAACCACGCUCAAAUGGCUUCUCGGAUUUUGGCGGGUUCGAUCUCGGCGCGGACCAACUUCUUGUGCCGCACUACGCCGCCGACUAAGGACUUUCGGCAGACGUUGUCAUUCUGGGACGGGUCCGUGUUAUGCUAUUUCGCCGAUAUCCUACAAGACGACAGCCUUCUUACACCCGGGAAGGUCAACAAGGCGGCGCAGACUCAGAUCACUCUUCCGGAGCGGAUGGGCGGCUUCGGGGUCCAAUCAGCCGAGCGGUCGGCCGAUCUGGCGUACGUGGUCAGCCUUCUCAGCGUAGCUGGGACCCUGAAGUCGUUCUUCCAGGUGGGCGGGAAGAGCAUCAUCGGGAACCAUGACGGAGAUGAGCCCUUCCCGCCCAUCUUCGAGGAGGCAGAGUCGGCGCUAAACAGACUACCAGAAAAGGUCCGCAAGAAGCUGCCCACGUGGAAGACGGUCGGGGAGAGAGGGCUGGAACGGGGAGCGUUUACGCUGCUGGCGCGGGAGCUGCAGAUCGAUGCCCUGGACGGGAUUCGUAAGGUCCUGAACCGGCCCCGACAUAAGGCUCGGCUAACUAGUCUGCAACUACCGAACGCGGGCGCAUGGGUCUCGGCCCUACCGUCACGACCGGACCUCCAUCUCGAAUGCGAGGACUGGGCGAUCGCUGCGAACCUUCGGUUGGGCCGAGACAUUCCACACCUCAUCCAGGCUGAGACAUGCUCGUGCGGGAAGGAUUUGUCCACGUGCAACGCGGCAGGGCACGCUCUCCGGUGCUCUACCAAAUACGCACCGUCAAUUCCGCAUAAUGCCAUUCGGGACCAUGUGGCGAUGGUCUGUCGGGAGGCGGGCAUGCAGACAACAGUGGAGGACAAAACUUUGUUCGGCGGGAAGCCGAUUCCGGACGUCGUGAGUCUCCACACAGAUAGCGGAAAGACUUGGGUGAUGGAUGUGGUCAUCGCGGACCCGCAUGAUAACAACGCCAACUGCCCAGAGACGAAGCCAGGCGCGGCUCUCAACGAAGCGGUCCGGCGGAAACGGGUGACGUACAAGGACGCGGGGACAAAGGGGGGGAAGCGGAUGGAGAAGACCACCACGGUGAUUCCGUUGGCUACGGAGAUCUAUGGUGGUUGGUCCAACAGCUUUUCCGACUGCGUCAGGGACAUUGCAGCUACAACUUCGAGGCGCCUCGGCAAACAGUCAGGGCAAACCACUGACCUAAAAUCUCUCAUCUGCCGGAGCAUCGCUCAACGCAUAGGAGUGACGCAGCAACGUUCUCAAGCGGUAAUGAUCCGACACAGGCUGCGGGCAGCUGUGGAGGCUAAAGGGGAGACGAUGUACCAGGAUGCGGGGAAGACCUUCGACUGGAUGGGUUCCCAGCCCCCCGCCCCCUGUGAUAUCGUUGUAGGUAGGGCAGAUUUUUGA